AAGCUUUUCAAUAAUCCUUAUUUGGUUUUCUGUCUUUGUAAUCGAACAGAGAUUUCAAAAAAUGGAUUUGCGUAAUGAUAUUAAAAAGGCAACAUCACUUACUUUUUUGGACAACAAUGCUAAGUUCUAUCGUCUACAAGAACCAAGUCAGGCUACGAAAGAUAGAAAAAUGAAUGAAAGAUCAGUAAAGAAACCACGAAACGCACAUUUACUAGAAGAAUCUGAUGCCGAGGAUGAUGACAUAAAUGUAAAUAUAUGUAAUAGAGUAAAAUCUACUUUCGACGAACAUGAAGUUUCUGCUGCUGUUAGAGAGGUAAAUGGUGGUCGUGAUCUUUCAAAUAGACAUUGGGAAGAGAACUUCUUCAGAAAUCUUGAGAAAAUGAUACAAUGUGAGAAAGACAUAUCUCAAAACUCUUCCAAAUGUGAUAAUAUAAAAGUAAAUCAAUCUGAGGUUAAUCAUUUAAACAAUAAUUGUAAGCAGAAGGUUAAACUGUAUAGAAAUGCUGCAAUCAUGGGUCUUGUGAGAAUCAAAAAGAUUUCACUAGAUGAUUUAAUUAGUUUUAACAAUGAAAACUCAAUAAGAAAAGAAGAUGAACCAGAAACAGCGAAUGGAGCCACAUUCAGUGAGUAUAUAAUGGACAGUGAUAAAUACCAUGUGGAAUCAGUUCCUCUUCGUGAAGACCCUGAAAUCUAUGUUCACCCUUUACAAAUGGGAAUAGAUGUAAACCAGUUUAAAGAUAUAGAUUUUUCUGUACCACGAAUCGGCAAGAAAAUAACAGUAACACCAGCAGAACAUUUUUUUGGAGCGAAUGAUGAUGCUGCCUUUUCUUUUGUACAAUUGUAA